GAGGACCGAACCUAGAAAUAGAGCCUUGUAUCUAGAAUAGUACCGGACCUAGAAUAGAACCUUUAUCUCCCCCUGAACAUCCUCCGUCUCCCACCCUGACCCCUCUAAAAAGGGGGCAGAUUGGUAAGAAGUUAAGUUAAGAAUGGUUUUGGCUAACAGAGAAGGAGAUUACUUUUACAUUAAAAUAUAGCUUUGGAUUAUCACCACACCUGCAGGGUGUUUUUCUGAUUACAGAUAUUGGUCCUCAGUACUAAACAGUUCCAUGUACACACUGAACAGGCUGCUGGCUGCUGACGCACUCACUAUUCCAAUUCAAGCACUGAUUACGGCGACUGCAAAUACUAGUCAUAUAACUGAUAAGACUGCUGAUUAAAAAACACUAAUGCUUUUAUUGGUACUACUGCUGCAAAAUACUACGACUAUCAUGGUUAAAGCAAUUUUAAAGAAAUCAAAUCACAAAUUCACCGCGUGCAAAGCCCUAUACUAAGGAAUUAUAUUAGAUUUUUGUGGUUGUCUUGAUUCUUGCUUUAUCUUACGGCAACUACUGUUCACUUAGCAUAUAGUCUCAUUUCAUGGUCAGUCUAUUAAUAUGUGUAUUGCUCCUCCUCAUACUACAGAGCAGGCCAGUAGCUCCCUACCCUCCUCGGGACGCCCUGUACAAAUAAUGGAUACCAUUUUAAAAGGUUCAAACAAAAGAAGGUCCAAAUAAAAGCCUACGUUGAUGUAAUCACUAUGAUCCAACCUUCAGUGGUGAUAAGGUGGUGGCGGCAUCCGGGAACAGAGGGGAGAGCUGAUACUGUACAGGAGAUAAGGAAGCCCUGAUUACCUGAGUCAAUAAAACCCGCUGUGGAAGCAGCUCGUGUGUAAUGUGACUUGACCACCACAUCCUGCCUGAAACCUGGACCAACAAUCCGUCAGCUCCAACAACUGGUUUUUGGCUUUAACUCUGCAGAUCAUAAAAAAGUUCCCAGGCAGCCACCGCUCCACACCUCAUCACAAUGCCUCAUCGCCUCUGCUCCAUUGAGAUUAACAACAGCUCUGGCAGCUACACUCUCGCCAACCCAAGGGUGUUCACUGAGAGCGGCUGCUGUGAGGUCCCUCUGCCCCCCAUGGUGGGUCCCUACUCCCCCGCCAGCGCAUUGUUCAACAAGACCACCGGCAGUGCGACCGGUUCCGUCGGCGUCUUCACCUACGACCUUUUCAACGCCGACCUCAACGACUACAGCCAUGUCAUGGCCGUCAUGUUCUCCGUGCCCUACGACCGAAACCUCUACUCCAACUGGUUCGCUGUGGGGAUCUUUGACAGAGGAAACGACUGCGACUACAAUCUUUACGAUAUGAUGUACAAUGGAGGUGAAAAUAAUUUUGUAAGAGGAAAGGCUGAUGGCUCCUGCAUUUCUUAUGAGGGUGAUUAUGUAAUCGUCAGUGCCUCCAUGUCAGACUCAGGUGAAGCAGUCCUGAGGGUGGAUAUCAGUGAUACUGGCAUGUAUUAAGGUCCUACUGUUGUUAUGUAAGCCAUAUCACAUGAUCACAGUAAUUGUAAUAAAGUAUUGUUGACAAAGUUGGUCACUAGCUGCUCAUUAAUCAAUAUACUUAAAAUAUGAGUUACACAUGAUGGUACACUAAAUAUUGGUUAUUUCUGGUGUUAUAUUAAACAGUUGAAAAAGCCUAAUUGCAAAUAAAAAAGAAGACUUUUACGUGUCCAUCAAGUCAUGUCUCCUUUUAAGAAAAUACUAAUAAAUGUAUUGUUUUCUCUCACAUAGAGAUCUUGUUGAUAGAUCAUUAUCCAGCUUUCUGAUUGGCUGUGACUCUCAUUUGUGGAUGUCCUCACUAAAUUUAAUCGUCCAAUAUUUACUUUAAUUUUAAGUUUGAUUACAUUUUCCCAUUUUAUACAACUGAUAACUGAAGGUCAGGACAGGAUUUAGACUAUCCUCAACCUCAACGUCUAGAAAAUACUGAAGUUUCACAUUCAUACGUGAUUCGUGUGCAUUCUGCAUGACUUGGACAUGACUGUGAGAGGAUACCGGAGCACCCGGAGGAAACGCA